AGAUGACUCAUCCUGGCGGCAGGGAGGAAAGGGAGCCCAUCCUGAUCCUCGCACCUACCGCAGGGACCGACAAGUGUGGCGAGAGGCUCGCGCCAAAAGCCUGGGAUCGAGGUGCGCGCGCGGGCUGCUCCCUCCUCUCCCCGCCCCCCCCCCCCCAGUUCCCCAAGACGCGCGCAAGGGCGCGUUCCUCGCCUAGCCCUUGCUUCUGUACCUUCAUUCAGCGCAGCAGCAGCAGCAGUGCCUGAUGGGCGUUGUGGUUUCCAGCAAGGCUGACACGCAGAAAUCCCAGGGGGUCCUCGGAUGGUGAGCAUGUGCAGAAGAGGCCAGGAUACAGCCUUGUGUACGCCGAGCUAGCCGGCGCGCGCGCCCGCCCGCAGGAUAAUCUCGCCUUCGCCGUGCCAUGCCUCUGCAUGGGUUGCAGCCGCUGAGAAGGAUCCGAGGAGGAGGCGGAAAAGCAGCCUGCCCGCCUUUCUGAUCAGCCCCUCCGAUGUUUUCUUGCUUCUGCUUCAGCAUCCAGAACCAUUCCUUCAGCAGCUCGGCUCUGCCAGAGUGUGGCGAGGAUACAGAGUCUGUACAUGAAGACCAAACAGCCAGUUCCCUUCACAGAGAUGAAAACAAGGAAAACCACCCAGACAAAGCUAUAGUCUUAGAGGAAAACCAGGCAGUGUUCCAAGAUACCCAGACACCCUGUGAUGGCACAUUGAGGGUUGGAAUGGGGAACUUAAAAUCCAGAAAGCCCACAUCCAUUUCAAAACCAGAAAAUGGGAAAAACCGUGAAGAAAGUCAGGAGAUGGGAAAUGCAUUGCCGUGGCUCUCCGACUGUCAGAGGAAAACGGGAACGCCGGCUAAUGAUUACACCGAGAACGUGGCAUUCAGAUACCAGGAAACCGUCAUCAAGUUUCAACCCAGGACAGAUCAGAGUGCAUUCAUUUCACCAAAGGAUGGCACUGAACAUUUCCAGAACUUCAGUGAGAAUUCUUUGCUGAAGCUGCAAGCCCUUGAAACUGACCUCUGCUCUGCAUUUCUGCCGAACCAGGAAGAAACACCACAGCUGCCGGCUUCAAAAGACCCAGUCGCUUCAUCGAUCCCAACCAGCAGUGUGCAAGUUGAUGGGGAGAGUUGUGGAGAGCCUGCACAAGUCUACAAAGAGGGACAGGCAGAUGCAGACAAUGGACAUGAAGACCACCAUUCCUUAGGGACCAGCAGGCUGCUGUAUCACAUUACUGAUGGAGAUAAUCCUCUGCUGUCUCCUCGCUGCUCUAUUUUUAGCCAAAGCCAGAGAUUUAAUUUAGACCCUGAAUCAGCUCCUUCUCCACCAAGUGCUCAACUGUUCAUGAUGCCAAGAAGUUCUUCCAGAGGUAGCUGUGAUGACUGCAAAGAGCCACAGACGAUAGCACAACUCACAAAGCACCUGCAAAGUCUUAAGAGGAAAAUCAGGAAAUAUGAAGAAAAGUUUGAGCAAGAGAAGAAUUAUCGGCCUUCUCACGCAGACAAAAUAUCGAAUCCCGAAGUAAUGAAAUGGAUGAACGACUUGGCCAAAAGUCGGAAACAGCUUAAAGAGCUGAAACUCAAACUGUCAGAAGAACAAAGCUGCCCCCUCAAAGCAACUCAAAGGAACCUACAUCAGGAGAGCUCCAGAGAGACUGUGAAGCAGGACACAGCAGGAGCUCCCCCGAGCCCCUCCGUAGAAGAAACCAUGGAUGCCGUGAUGAAACGACUGAACGAGAAGCGGCAGCAGCUCCAUAUCCCCGAGAACGUUAAGGGAAACAAGCAAGAUAGGAGUCUGAUGAAGCCCCUUUAUGAAAGAUACAGAAUUAUCAAGCAGCUUCUGUCGACGCCAUCUUUGAUCACAACCAUUCAGGAGGAGGAAGAUUCUGAUGAAGAUCACUCCCAGAGCAGCUAUGAAUUGUCCUCUGCCAUGUCCCUCCAUUUGCCUUCUGACGAACAUCUCUGUCAUUCAGAUGAGGAGAAUGAGCCUGCCUUUGUGUCACCCCUGGAUGAAAAGAAAGCAGUCAAACAGCCUGCCCUGUCAAUGUCCAACUUGCACGAGGCCACAAUGCCCGUACUGCUGGAACAUCUCCGAGAAACAAGAGCUGAUAAGAAAAGGCUAAGGAAAAUGUUACGAGAAUUUGAGGAUCAGUUCUUUAAGCAAACAGGAAGGACUCCCCAAAAGGAGGACCGCAUCCCCAUGGCAGAGGAGUACUUGGAAUACAAGCACAUCAAAGCCAAGCUGAGGCUGCUGGAGGUCCUCAUCAGCAAGCACGAUGUCUCCAAAACCAUCUGAAGUCCAGUGGUUUGCAAUAGUAAAACUCCUUGGUCUGGGAAAAGGAGAGAGAGAGGAUUGCACAGGUCUGGCUCUUCCUGCACAAUGGCUUUGACACCUUGAAAUUCUGAUGCACUUUAUUUAUGUUCUACCGCUGCAGGUUAGCAAGAGAGUGAGAGAAAGGGGUGUGAGAAUGCAGGAAGGAGGAGUGAUUGAAUGGGAGGGCUAACACUUACCUGUGAGUCGUCUCUUGUUUCUGGAGCUGUUUUUUCACUCGGACAAGUUUCCCCUCGCUUUAGCCAAAAGGAGGUAAUCAUAUAUGCACAUUCAGGAAGCCGGGUUGGCGGGACUUCCUGUUUCACUUCAAAGCUCCAUUGCGACGUCUUUCCAGGCAGAUGGUGCUCAUUCAACAGCGCUCAAAGGUAUGGAAGGACAGUGCAAUCAUCCAAACAGGCUCACCCAGGUUUUUAUUUUGUCUCUUUCCACUUGGGCAGCAUAGGACUAGAGAAAAAUAGAGGCUCUUGAGCCGCCCAUCAGGUAAACUUGGAACACAAUUCUAGGUAGGCAGUUCUCCUAAACCUACUCAGUCAGCAUUAUGAAGUGUCCUCCGCAAUUUGAUAAGCCUCUUUUAUUUGUGAUAUUCCAGUGUGUAACCUGGACAGCUUUUGUAUCCCAGGAUUCACUAGGAGGGCCAGAAUGAAUCCCUAAUCCAUCCCUAAUCUUGGGAGGAGAGAUGCACCAGUAAAGAACCUAUUUUCUGCCUGCUGGGCUAGGUAAAAAAGUACAGGUCACAGAGAAACUGUAGUUUUCCAUCUUGGUUGAGGACAAUGACGGAAGGAAAACCAGCACACCCCUGCAGAUAAAAACUUGACCAACAACCUCCAGGAAUGUGAGCAGCUGUAUUUGCUGGUUCAGUGUGCUCUAGAGCAGUGUUUCCCAACCUUGUGCCUCCAGAUGUUUUUGGCCUACAACUCCCAUCAUCCCUGACUAGCA